AUGGCUCCAUCUGGACGGAAGAAAGGCAAGGAGGUUGACCGGUCACCUACGAGCAUCCUGAAGCAUGGCGACUAUACGGUCUCCCUCACCAGCUGGCUUGCUGGUGGCCCUGUAGUCUUGGGCAAGAAGCCUCGUCGGGUCAUCGACCUCAAAGUUGAGCGCGAUCGCAAGUCCGAAACAUCGGACCAAUCCCUGGUCCUGGCCAGGAAGGACCACGAUGCAGCUGCCUCCGAUAUGGAGGUUGGCACUUCGGGAUCCGAAGGAGCCCUAACGCACACCUCGAGACAACGCCGAGAACCCAAAGGUUCUUCGCAACCAGCUGUAAGCUCAAAGCCGUUCCUCACGUACGAGGAAAAGAGAGUCGAGAAAUUCACUAUUCGGCCUCCGCCUGUGGUCUUCAACACGCCUGAAGACGUCCCUACUGGCUGGCUUGAAGCGAUGUUGAACCAGAGGAAGAAUGGUGAAAGCUCAAAGGCUGUUUCGAAGAAGGCCAUCAGUUAUGAGCAUAACGAUUCGGAGGAUUACGAAGCUGGCUACGACUCUCCCCCUCACAACAAAUCAAAAUUACUGCCAAAGAAGUCAUCCAGUGCCUCCAGGAAAGCAUCAGAAAUUCGCAUCGAAACCAAGUCGUCAUCAAAGAAGGGUACUCGAAAAGUCAAAGUCAUAACUGCUGAUGCAACAGAUGAGUCAGAUGAGUCGUUAUCGGAUGUCGAGUCACGUCGUCCUAUGAAGACGAAGAAGCUUGAGCGCCGGAGCAUGACCAAAGAGAGAAUCAAGAAGAAGAUGCACGUCGAGGUUUCUGACGAGGAGACAGCUGAUAAAGUCACAACUGAUAUUGAGUCGUCAGACAUUGAGUCAACAGAUGUUGAGCCACGUUCCAAGCCGACAUCGAAGAAGAAGCCGAGUACUUCGUCGAAGAAAGCAGGAAGUUCCAAAGUCAAGGUCGAGACACGGGGCAGAAAGGGCAAGCGGAAGGUCGUGGUGGAAGCUUCAAGCGAAGAGGAAGAUUCCUCGGUUGAGUCGAUGACAGAAGCUGAGCCGUCUCCCCUGAAGAAAGUCAAGAACAAGAACCGUGUUACCGUUACCGAGACCACACGAAAGGGCAAAAAGAAGACCAUCACAGUUGAAUCAUCAGAUGAAGCUGACAUAGCACAUGUCAAAUCACGUUCAUCACAGAAAGGGAAGAAGUCCGAAAUCCGUGUCAAGACCAGCGACAAGACAAAGGCGAAGAAGGUUACAUUCGAGCCCACCGAUGAACCUGAGACUACUGACGACGCCACAACGGAUGCGGAGCCUACGCCGGCGAAAGCGCAGAAGGGCAAGGGCAAGUCCAGAACCAAGGCAAAGAAGAAAAUCGAAGUCGAAUCACCCGACCCCGCAGAGACAACCAAUGCCGUUACUACUGACGACGCAACUCAAACCGAAGCCGAAACCACCGAUGCAGAUACGACUGUUGCCGAGAAGCCCAAGGGAACUCCAGCAGCAGGUAAAGCCGACAACGACUGGACGCCUUCGCAAGAUGCAAGCAUACUCAGCAUGAAGGAAGGCGGCGAACCAUGGGCUAACAUUGGCAGCGCCAUUGGCCGAAACAAGAAUGAGGUCAAGAAACGGCACCAGGAACUUGUUCGUCUAGGCGCUGCUCAAGUCAAUAAGGGCAAUCAGAGCAAGGCACAUAAGACACAGAACAAGAAGAACAAGAACAACGAAGCCGGUCCCAGCCAUGCCUCUGUUGCGGACGAGACUAUGGGAUUUCGCGAGCUUCCUGGAUUUGGCUUUGAUGCAGAUCAAGACAACAGCAAUAACAACGACAACAACAACAAUGGUGAUGGCUGGAGUGGUGGUGGUGAUCAGAACAACAACACCGAUAACAACGGCGGUGGUGGCGAAGGUGCAUGGGGAGGUGGAAACCAGACCGACAACAAUGGCGGUGGAGAUGUUGGCCCUGGAUUUGAUACCCCUGCUUGGAGUGCAGACUGUACCGGAGGUGGAGAUCAAGAUACCAAUAACAAUAACAACAGCAACAACGACACCAAUAACAACGGCUUUGGUGAUGCGGGUUGGGGCGGCGGAGACCAGGAGAACAACGGAGGUGGUAAUAACAAGCAAUCAGAGGACGGUAUGGGUUGGAACACAGGUGGUAGCGACAACAACUGGAGGCCGCCUUCAGCUGCGGGUUCGACAAGAAGCAACAAACCACCCGACAACAACACAGGUUGGAAAUCCGGUCCAGGCUCCGACCAGGGAUGGAGUGUUGCUCCGAACCCAGGCUACAAACCGCCCAGCAACUCGGGUUGGGUUCCCAAGAAUUUUGUUCCGCCUCAGGGCAGCAAGCCCCCCAGCAACACUGCGCCCCCCGGCAGUCCCGAUGGUUGGAUUUACGGUUCACCCACAGAAAGCGAACGGGGCCGCAUGGCCAAGCGAGUGGAGGCUUGGAAGGGAUCGAUCAGUUCACCCAAAGAACAAGGACAUUGGGGUAUGCCCGACGGCGGCUGGCAUGCCACUCCGGCCACAGAUUCUCGCCCACGUGAGAUUGCGCCCGACAACACCAGGGGUCGAAGCCCUGCCGCCAGAUCUACUUCUGCCAAAGAUUGGAAGCAAGGACUAACUCGUGUCGAUGAAGAGCCAGACACCGGUUAUGAUGUGUGGAAGAAACCUCCCAGCAACAACGGAAAGCCGGGCAGCAAUGCGGGCCGUAACUCACCUGGUAACUUCAACAACAAGCCAUCCGGAGAGCAAUAUGGUUGGAACUCUGGUCCUGAUGCUGUUGCUGGAACUGGAACUGGCUGGGGUGGAGGCUCGGAUCGAGUCUCAACCCCAAGUUUCAAACACCCGGCGAAGGAUGAGUGGACUGGAGGCACAAAAGGCAAUGAUAAGCCUCCUAGAACUUCGAAGAACAACAACCGCAACAACAACAAGGCAACCGGCGGUAAUGACAGCCUCACUGCCUUUCUUCAGAACCCUCCCCCGUGGGGCGCGGACUGUACCGGUCCCUGGGAUAGCAACAAACCGGCCAACAACAAAGCCGACAAGGGAGACGUCCAGAACGCCCUUAACAUUCACAUGGUCAGAGACCUACCCGGCUACAAUAGAGAUGUAGCACCCAUGGGCCUUUCGGGCUUUCCUCCCGUCGUUGAACAUUAUGCGCCAGUUCCAGUUCCUCCUGUCACCCCAGGCCCUCCAGGUCGCUACCCUUCAACCCCUUACUCAGCCACCCCUCACCCACCUGGCUACCUCCCCAAGAGUGAAGCACAAACUACCCUUCUCCCACUUUACAACAACUCACCUCCUCAGGCCCAAUACCCUUCCCACGACGCGCCCUGGAACUCCACCAGCUGGGACACCAAACCUGCCGUCACCACGAAGCCGCCCGGCGGCCCGUCAUCAUACCAACCCGGCCAGCGUAGCGCGCAGUGCAAAACCCUUUCCGAGGAAGACCUCCGAUCACUGUACAAACAAGUCGUCUUCAGCGCCAUGUCCUCUCGCCAGCCCCUUCUCCAACCCAAGCCCGACCGCGAUUUUACCUUGAGAGACUGCUGGGUGUUGAUCUCUUUGAGCGAGCAGUAUGAUCAUUCUUCGGCCUCGAAGGAGAAGUGGUUCGAGCUGCAAGCUAAAUUUGCGAGUGCCACGGGUCGGAUGGUUGAUGUGAAGCUGUUGAGACAGAAGGUGAAGCAGGGAGAGAAGGAGGCCAAAGUGGUGGAGGGGUGGGAGGAUGAUGAGGUUGGAUGGCGGUAUAAGAAGAAGUGGGAGAUGGAGACUGCUUGGUGAGAAAAGAGGUGAGAGAGGAGGAGAGAACAGAGGAGAGGAAGAGGUGGAGAGGUGCUUGGUGAGGGAGUAUGAGUAAGAU